GCCACAGGGUGGGGGAGGGGAUCAUCCUUAAAUCUUGGCAAUUCAGUUGACGACUCCUUUGUUUUCAACCCUGCCUUGUUCACCUUAUUCUGAAAUUUUUGGCCGGAGAACAGGGACUCGAGCAUCCUGUGCUCCAGUCACAGCCGUUUCUGCCUUGCCCUGAGAAACCACCGAGGCAGAAAGGGCGCGGCUGCCCAUGUUUUUCUCAGGUCAGAUUUGUGGAUGCUCAGCCUCUUCACCCUCUGCUCCCAGAUUCAGCGCUCCUACCGUGGCUCCCGACUAGGUGCAACCCACUUUCCUCGUAAACGCUGAGGGCGGGGUUUGGCUGGGCUUGUCCAGGAUGCGAGAUCCUGGAGGGAAGAAAAGGUGUACUGUUUAGGGCUUUACCGGGCUAGGCUGGCUUGGCAGGGCAGGGCUCUUCAGAACAGGUAAUAACCCGGGCCUGUUCGUUCGAACCACAGAGAUAAGGACGAGGAGAGAUCUCCAGGUGCCGGGUGAGGGGGCUGCACAGGUGAGGAAGGGGCAUAAUGGAAGAGGGAACAAGAGGAAUCCAGAAGCUGUGUGUGUGUGUGUGUGUGUGUGUGUGUGUGUUAUGUGUGUGAGUGGGGGGCAGCCAUCACCCUCCUGCAACUCUCCCACCCCACGUGCCUCCCUGCAGGAUGGAUUUCAGAACCCCUGACCUGCUGGAUGUGUGGUUGGAGCCCCCAGACGAUGUCUUAACAGGGUCCUUCCUGGAGCUGGGACUGCACUGUCCACCUCCCGAGGUCUCAGUGACUAUGCUACAAGAACAGGGGCUGCAAGGCUGGAAGUCCAGUAGGGCCCAUGCCUGUGGCCUUCAAGAGAGUGAACCUGAAGAUUUCCCGAAGUUUUUCAUUGAUCCCAAUGAAGUGUACUGCUCAGAAGCAUCUCCUGGCAGUGACAGUGGAAUCUCUGAGGACCCUGGUCGUUCAGACAGCCCCCCUGUUCCCAAGACACCCAGUUCCCCUGCCCUCUAUGAGGUUGUUUAUGAGGCAGGAGCCCUGGAGAAGAUGCAGGAAGAAGCUGGGCCAGCUGUAGGGUUCAUCUCCAUUCAGCUAGAUCAGUGGAGCCUACCUUUUAUGGUGCCUGAUACCUGCAUGGUCAGCGAGCAGCCCCUUGAUGCUAAUGCCCACAUCCUGCCCAGAGUAGGCACUGUACACCCAAUGCUUCCUGCAACCCUGCUCCCCUGUCAAACCUUGUUCCUGACAGAUGAGGAGAAGCAUCUGCUGGGGCAGGAAGGGAUUUCCUUGCCCUCUCACCUGCCCCUCACCAAGACAGAGGAGAGGGUCCUCAAGAAGGUCAGGAGGAAAAUCUGUAACAAGCAGUCAGCUCAGGACAGUCGGCGGCGGAAGAAAGAGUACAUCGAGGGACUAGAGAGCAAGGUGGCUGCCUGUUCUACACAGAACCAGGAACUACUGAAAAAAAUUCAGGAGCUGGAGAGGCACAACACCUCCCUGGUGACUCAACUCCACCAGCUGCAGAUGCUCAUUACUCAAACUUCCAACAAAGCUGCCCAGACCAGCACUUGUGUUCUGAUCCUUCUUUUUUCCCUGGCUCUCAUCAUCCUGCCCAGUUUCAGCCCCUUUCAAGGUCUACCAGAAGCUGGGUCUGAGGAUUACCAGCCCCAUGGAGGAAAAAUUAUCCUCCGAUGAAGAUUAACAGCCUUGGGAC